AUGAUGUUGAAUCGCAGGUUAUCGCCUGGUGGCCGAAUACGCGUCUCUGAGUUUUCUCCCAUCACCUGCCCGCCUGUAUGCAGUCCGACUAAUUCACCAUUAUCAACCCAGCGCUUGGUCGUGUGGCCUCCUACCAAGCUGUCCCCGCUACAAGCCCGGGUAGCCGUUAAUUUCCAAUCUGUGCUGUACCUACAGAAUCGCGUGUCUGCAGUUCGUCUACCCCCCUACGACAUACCGUGGUUUGGAUGUGCAUGUGGCUAUGCGGCCCAGCAACCAUCGUCUCCUCAAGGCCUCGAGGCUUCUCCCUCAACCCAAUAUCCCAGCGAUAUGCACCCAGAGCUAGGGUUCAAGCGAAUACGACACCCCACGCUAAUCAAGUAG